UGAAAAAUGGUGGGUGGUGUGCUGUAAUAUGUACUAGACAUGGGCCCGAGGCCCUUUUUGUGCAGACUGCAGGCCCGAUGGCGAUUGUUGAUAAAAGAAAGUGAGAGUGAACGAGAAUUUGAGAUUAAGGUUAAAAUGUUACGUCAGUUACAGGAUUUUUUUAUUAUUUUGAAACAAUAUGACGAAACUGUAGAUUUUGCUAAUUUACUUUAUUAAUUUAGCAUUGUAAAGGUGAAGUGAAUGCUGUAAUAUGAUUCUUUAGCGAAUUUUUAUCUAGAAUUAUUGUGGUGAAGGGUUAAAAUGGCUUUAAAUAAUGUUUUCAAAAACAGUUUAGUGCUAACAAGAGUUUUAAGAACUAAUUUUAUUCAAAAUAAUGGAAGAAUAUUUUCUGUGGGACAACCUGCUUUAAGUAAAAAGGAAGUAACUAUUACAUUUGUAAAGGCAAAUGGUCAACGCAUACAAACAAAGGGAAAAGUGGGCGACAGUAUAUUGGAUGUUGUAGUCAAUAACAGUAUAGAUCUAGACGGUUUUGGUGCAUGCGAAGGAACUUUAACUUGUUCUACUUGCCAUCUUAUAUUUAACCAAGCAGACUUUGAUGCUCUUCCAAGUAAGGCGUGUGAUGAAGAACUAGAUAUGCUUGAUUUAGCUUAUGAUUUAUGUGAAACGUCCAGAUUAGGUUGUCAAAUUAUUUUAACAGAAAAAUUAGAUGGUUUAGAAGUUAAAGUUCCAGCUACUUUAAACGAUGCUAGAAGCUGAAUUGUGUGAAGGAAGUAGAAUGUAUCAUUUAGUUUCGGUUGUUAAAAUGCUGUCCUAUAUUUCCCACUAUAUUUUUUUAUCUACAUUUAAUGUAAUGGUAGAUUUUAUUAGAAAUAUCUGUAUAAUACAAAUUAUAUAAGUAAUAAAAACAAAUAUUAUUUUUUAAAUUAAUUGGCUAACUUUUUGUAUGUUGAAGGAAAUUAUUUAAAUUUUGAGGAUACUGAAAUCUACAUUUUUUCUUCGAACAGGUAGAAACCAGUUUUUCUAAACCCAUUGUUCAUCUUUGUCAUAAUUUGCAUGUUUAUCAAUUAUUAUAUUCAAUAUAGUCCCAAAAGCAUACCUGAAAAGAUUUAUAUUUAAC